AUGACUCGAAGAUCAACAAUGAGCCCUCAAACUUAUAAAAAUAACAUUACUACAAAAGCUAUGACAUCUAAUGGUUACAAUAAUACCGAGACUCCAAGUAAGGAGUCCAAAAACCAUUCAUCACCUUGUGAGUUAUUCAAGUGUAUGUGUGCUUAGAGUAGCCAUUUUUUAUUCUUUUAUUAUUAUUAUUUAUAUAUAAGAAAUGAUUGUUUAAUAAUCACUAUUAAUUAUAUUAAAAUGAUUGUAUAAUAAUCAUACUAAUUAUAAAGAAAUAUUUUAAAUAAUAAUUUCAAUUUAAACUGACUUUUUUAUAUGCAUUGUCUUCUCUUUAUUAUUAUAUUUUUAUAUUUUAGUUUUUAUAUCUUUAUAAUUAUUUGUAUUUUUAUUUAUUUAUUUAUGCUGUGAUAUAAGAGCUUAUAUUGUAUUUAUAACUCAUAAUCUGUUGUUAUGUGAAUAAAUAUUAUGUGCUUUGUAUACGAAUUUAUUUUUAUAAUAGUUGUAUUUCGUUUGAUUUUGCAUUAUUUGAAUAUUUCUGAUUCUUUUUCAUUAAUGCUAUUAAAAUCAUAAUACUUAUGUUUUUAGCAAUGCCAUGGUUUGGUAUGGAUAUAGGAGGUACAUUGUCUAAAUUAGUGUACUUUGAACCUAAAGAUAUUACAAGAGAUGAGGCAGAUGCAGAAGUUGAAACUUUGAAAAAUAUUCGACGAUAUUUAACAAAAAAUUCAGCAUAUGGGAAAACAGGUCAUAGAGAUACACAUUUGCAAAUGGAUAAUGUAUGUAUCAGAGGUAGACGUGGUACAUUACAUUUUAUUAGAUUUCCUACAAGUGAAAUGGGAAAUUUUUUAGCAUUAGCGAGAUCUAAAGGUAUGGCAAAUCUUGUGACAACAGUCUGUGCUACUGGUGGUGGAGCAUAUAAAUUUGAAAAGAACUUUAAACAAGAAGUAAAUAUGAAUUUAGCAAAAUUUGAUGAAUUAGAUAGUUUAAUACGUGGCAUGCUUUAUAUAGAAACAACAAAUCCACAUGAAUGUUAUUAUUGGUCUUAUCCUACAGAUGAUAGUAAAUGUCAGAAGGUUCCUUAUGAUUUUUCUGAACCUUAUCCCUUUUUGUCUAGGUGGUGGUACGUUUUUAGGAUUAUGUUGUUUAUUAACUGGAUGCAACACUUUUGAAGAGGCAAUAGAAUUAGCAACUGGAGGUGAUAAUACUAAAGUAGAUAAAUUAGUUAAAGAUAUUUAUGGUGGAGAUUAUGGUCCAUUUGGUCUUCCUGGAGAUCUUGUAGCAAGCAGUUUUGGACAGAUGAAUUCUAAAGAUCGACGGAAUGCAGUUAGUAAAGAAGAUCUUGCACGCGCAACACUUGUUACUAUUACAAAUAAUAUUGGUUCUAUCGCGCGUAUGUGUGCUGUGAACGAAAAAAUUGAAAGAGUAGUAUUUGUAGGAAACUUUCUUAGAGUAAAUCCUAUAUCAAUGAAACUUCUGGCCUAUGCUAUGGAUUAUUGGUCUAAAGGAACGAUGAAAGCUUUGUUUUUAGAACAUGAGGUGGAACAUAUGAAAUACUCUUAUAUAAGCUUAAAAAAUUUUAAAGAAUGUAUUUAUCUUUUUUUCUUUUUUAAUUUGUAGGGUUAUUUUGGUGCAGUAGGAUGCCUGCUCCAAUUUAAAGGUGAAACAAACUAAUAUUAUAGAAAGACAAAUAAUAUAUA